AAAUGGCGUCGCCCAUGGAGCAAAAACAAAAUUAUAAUGAUAUCGUUACAAAAUUGCAUAACAUGUUUGAACAUUUAAGUAAAAACAUGUCUGUGAAGGACACUGAUGAUUGUAAAAUGCAUUUUUUCCUUUCACCCCAUUUUUCCACCAAAGGAAGUCGGUCAAAUGGCAUUGAUUUGCCAAGAAAAAUGUACCAGUGUGACGCACGAACGUUUUUAAAAUUUCUUGAAAGCAAGGGCAUUGUCGAUGACAGCAAUAUAGGUCCAAUAGUAGAUAAUCUUCGAAAAUAUAAUCCACAGAUUGCAGAAUUAGCCACCUUGGAAAGAAGGAAAAAAGUUGAAGUUGACCCUGUAGUCGAUUACUUAGAAAGGACUUGCCCCCGUCAGGUUGAUGACUUCCUACCUAAAGGCCUGAUUCCGUCUCGAUGCAGUGAGAGAAUAAGGAAAAGAAAAAGCUGCCAUAUGCAAGAUGCUCGAGAUAAAGGAGCAGCUAAACGACAGGCCAUCUUUACCAAUUGCUCAAAAGCUCGUGCUUUCAAUUUGCACUCCAAAGAAGUCUUUGAUGUUGCCUGUUCAUCUUCAAAUGUCCCUGUCGACCGAUCUAUAUGUGUUCAUCCAAUACGAGAAACAUGUGAUGUAAAGUUACGGGUAAAAUAUGAAUAUCAAGAUCAUCAAGAAAUACUGGAUGCCAACGUACAUAGCCACAAGCCACACGAAAUGGCUCGCAAGAUGGACAAAUUCAAUCAAGCCAGCACAAUACUGAAGGCUCGAGAUCUUGGGGCUGUUGUGUGUGAAAUCAAGUUUUCUGAGAUCACUAGUCUUGAUGCAUUUUGGAGGGAUUAUGUCAACGGUUCCCUGCUGCAGGCCUUAAAGGGAGUUUUUAUCACAGAAGCGCUUCAGCAGGUUGUUGGGGAGGAGCCAAUGAGAUUGCUUGUAACAGUUGAUGAGGAUGACUACAGAAGGGGUCGUCUCAAACAGCUGAAAAAUCUCACCUCCUGAGUCAGGGACAAUCUCAAAUGUCUACAGUACCUCACUACCAGAGGAGAGGAUAUCUCAAAAGAAAUCAAUUUUCUAUAAUAUUGAGCCUAAAUAACUUACUUUUAGGAAAGAAAUAAAGCAUGAUCAUGCAGUUUACAUGUAUGAAACGCAAUGAAUUAUAUUGGUUCAUGUAAGCAAAAUAACUACUAACAGUAACUACAUUUUUUCAUUUCCUCCAUGUCUGCCAGAGACAAUAGUCAAGACUAUUAUCUUUUUUCAAUGGUAAGAAGUUGACUAUGUGAUUGUUAAAGGCCUAGUUUAAGCCUUCUAUAAGUGCCCCUUCCCUAAAACUGUGUGUAGUACAUUACUUCUGUGUAUUGAUCUUUAUCUUUAUUGCCUUGUGCUGUCUGUCAGAUCUCUGAUCUGGGUAUCCUGCUGUGCAGUUAAAGUUUUAUCAUAGAAAUAGUCAUUUUUUUUAUGACACUGAGUCAAUAAUCAUAUACACAGGUAAUUGGCCCCUACUGUGGCAUCAGUGCAUUGAACAGGGAAUGCACAACAGGAGAUCAUCAUGCCAAACACUCCUUAAACUAGGCCUUUAAGUGAAUAUUCUCCACCAUUUUUGGCCAAAUUGCCAUUUUUUGUUGCAGCUUUUAUGACAAUUUCAUGCCUUAAAGCUGCACUCUCACAGAUUGUCAGUGUUGACACUUUUUUAAAAUAUGUGUCAGAAUGGCCUGAUUUUAGCCUGAAUGCCUUCAAUUCAGUCAUAUUACUAGGUAAUUCACAAUAAAACAGAUCUCAUUUGUAUGUUGAACUGCAGAAAAUUUCAUUUUGUCUUAAAGCAUGAAUAAAGCUUUUAGCCAUAAAACAUUAAUUUGAACAUUGAUAUGAUAAACUGUAAUCGGAUCUUAUGUCAGCCGUCAUAUAUCACCGGAUUCUAGACAUUCAUGCGAAAAUCUGCUCAUUAAAAGACAGACAAAAUAAAAUAAAAAGUGUUCAAAAUGAUCCAUGCCUGAGAGUGUGCAGCUUUAAAGCCUUAUUACAAAGGGUUACAUAGGUUCUUGUUAUAUUUUUAGUAUUGAAGUUUAUGCUUUUUGUUGCGCUAUUAUAAUUUAAAUUUUAAAACACUAGAGUAUUUUGGGAUGAAUUGAAGUGUUCACACCAUGUGGUCAUUGUUAUUGGAUACCCUGGAUUGUUUGUAACAUACAGUCUUCUACCUAUAUCAAGAUUCAGAAGGAAAGGGACACUAAGAGCUUUAUAAAAUGUUCAUUAUGCUAUGAUUUUCAUACUUAAAUAAGCUACUAUAUGAUUCAUUUUAUAUGGUUUUAUAUCUGAAGUGAAGAUAUUUAAUUGAUAUUUAAAGGAACAUUCUGUGUUCAAUAAAGUGAAAUGUGAAAAAAUCCAUGGUCUGAUGUAUCACUACAGUGUUUAAUUGUCAUGAAGAUAAACUCAAUUUUCAAAUAUUAGUCAAAUCUCAUUUCCCAUCUUAGCAUAAACUUUUUGUGGUGAAAAGAGAACAGCUUUAUUUUGAUUGCAAUAUUUUUAUAUGCUCGUUUUAAAAAACAACAACAGACAAAUUAUCAUUUUACCUACAGCGUACAUGCAGUUGGGUAGGUGGGCGGACAAGCACAUGAUUUGCGUCAAGUAUGUUGCCCAGUGAAUAAUUUAGAAGCCUUUGUCCAAUCUUCUCCAACUUUGGUCAUAAUGUUUAUUGGCUUAAUAUCUGGGACAAUUUUGAUAACCAGCUAAAUCGCUCCAGUUAUUUGAGAGUUAUUGCCCUUCCAUUAUAUAAACUACCUAAAACUGGUUUUGUUCUAUCAAUAACUUUUGAAGCCUUUGUCCAAUCAUCAACAUAUUUGGUCAGAAUAUGUAUGGAAAUGAUAUAUCUUGGACAAGUAUGUUUACCAGCCAUAUCACUUGAGAACCUCGAGAGUAAAUGCCCUUUAUUUAUAUAAAUUACAUAAAGUUGGUCUUGUCCGAUCAUUUAUUUUAUAAACCUUUUUUCUAGUCAUCAACUUUGGUCAGAAUAUAUUGGCCAGGCUUGAUAACCAGUCAUGUCACCUCAGUCACUCCAGAGGUAUGAACCUUAAAUUGGAAAACAACUUUCUUUAGUGUUUUCUCUCUUAAUAUGGCUUCAUGUACAACCAAUUAUCACCAAAUUUGGUAUCCUAAAAUGAGGACAGGCAAAUUUUGUGACAGUUGGCGCUUUUGUUUUUCUGCAUAACCUUCCAUUUAGGUCCCUGAAUUAUCUUUAUAAUCAUUAUUUACAAUGUAACUGAUUGUACAAAAUGUUAGCAUUAAGAUUACCAUUUGUGCAUAAUAUAUUUCUUGAAUCAUCUGAUAUACAUCAUAGUUUAUAUACAUAUGAUUAUUGCCAUUUGUACAAACACAUUCACAUCUAUUUGAACAUUUGUUUGGAAUGUAUUAAAAUUUAAU